AUGGUUUCCUGGCUUUGCAUCGCCGUCUCUGCAUGGUUGUUUCGUUAUUUUCGCCUGAUUGUCAAUUGCAUUUCACAUUGGACCUUCCGACCCAUACCCAUCCCCGAGAAUCCCACAUACACCUCUCAGGAUGUCACCAUCAUCCUGCCGACCAUCGCCACCGGUGGUGACGAGUUGGAGACCACCAUGCGGUCAUGCCUGUCCGCAGAACCCUACGAGGUCCUCCUCGUGACCAUCGACAACAACGUCGAGAACCUCAACAAGUUGGCGAACAAGAUCAAUGCCAAGAAGAUUCGUGUCCUGAGCAUACGGGAGGCGAAUAAGCGCAGGCAGAUGUGCAGGGCGAUACCGGAGGUAUCGACCAAGAUUACCAUCUUCGUGGACGACGACGUUGAGUGGCCGCCCAAGGUGCUGCAGUGGAUGCUGGCGCCGUUUGAAGAUGCAAAGAUGGGUGGCGUAGGCACGUCGCAGAGGUUAAAGCGAUCCAAGAACAUGAGCGUGUGGAGUUUUCUUGGGGCCGCGUACCUCGAGCGACGCAACUUCGAUUGCUCUGCAUGUCUGCACAUCGACGGCGGAUUGCCAUGUCUCUCUGGCCGGACGGUCGCUUACCGGAGUAGCAUCCUGCAAGACGAAGCUUUUACCCAUGGCUUCACCCACGAAGAGUGGCGGACAUGUCAGCUCAACGCCGAUGACGACAACUUCAUCACGCGGUGGAUGUAUGCUCAUGAUUGGAAGAUUGCCAUGCAGUACCACAAGGAGGCAGAGGUGCAGACGACGCUGGAGGACAGCCCGAAAUACCUCAGCCAAUGUCUCCGAUGGGUUCGCAGCAAUUGGCGCAGCAACCUCACGAGUUUGUUUGUCGAGGGCCAUUAUUGGUUUACUCAACCGUGGAGCACAUACUCGGUUCUGCAGACCACCAUCACGGCCUGGGCACUGCCCUAUGACUUGCUUAUAUUCUUUUCCUGGUACCAAGCAUCAUAUACUUGGCCAGAAAACCUCAGAAGUGCACUUUUCGUGUUCUUGAUCACGUGGACAUACCUGUUCAGCAAGACCGUAAAGCUUUGGGGCCACUUCUUCCGCUAUCCAGCGGACGUCGUAUUCAUCCCAGUCUAUGUAUUCUUUGGCUACUUCCAUGGUCUGAUCAAACUCUGGGGUCUCUUUACCCUUAGUGAGACCACAUGGGGAAGCAGAGACGGCGCCGAUACCGACAACCGAGUGCGCAUGAUACGCCUCCCACGUUAUUCGACGGCCUCGACAGACCCUGACGGCCGCAAAUCCGAAACGUUUGAGUUCCCCGACACGAUCUCAUUAAUGCACGAAACCGAUCAACUCCCCGCCUACGACACGCACCCGUAUCAACAGAACAUCGCCCUAACGAACCUUUAUCACGACUGA